GGCGAGGGAUUCAACUUUCUGCUAGCGGGCACAGAGACUACUGCUGCCAUCCUCACCGUCAUUACAUACCAUCUCCUUUCCCAACCAGAGAUCUACAAGCGCCUUAAGGAAUCCCUUGCAGACACCACUCCCUCUACACUCAAGUGGUCCCACCUAGAAAACAAGCCCUACUUCUGGGCCAUUGUACAGGAGUCUUUACGAAUAAUGCCGGGUGUUUCCCACCGCUCCGCCCGCAUCGCAAGAGAUGAGGACCUGCACUAUAGGAACGCGACGGGAGACAUCGAGUACGUGAUCCCGCGCGGUACGCCGAUCGGAAUGUCCUCGAUCAUCAAUCACAUGGAUCCUGGUUUGUUUCCAGAACCGGAGGCGUUCAGGCCCGAGAGGUGGCUGCUGGAAGAUGGAUCGCCAUACUACAAGCUUCAAAAGUACUUGUUGGCGUUUAGCCGGGGGAGUCGGGCUUGUAUCGGCGAGAAACUCGCUUAUUGCGAGAUCUACAUCAUGGCUGCGCUCAUGGCGUUCCAGGUCGUCCCACGCGCCAGGCUACACGAAUCGGACGACCCUGACCACUUUAAGUAUGAUCACGAUAUGAUAGUGCUACAGACUAAACAGGGAUCCAUUAGUUGUAAGAUUAGCAUUAGCUGA